UAGCUAGGAGCAGGACCUGAAACCAGGGAGAGAGUUUUUCCAUUGCUUAUCAAGCAACGGUUAGCCGGCCGGCAAGAAGCCAAAAAAGCAUGGGCAACAGCCUGCGGUGCUGCCUGGCCUGCGUCCUCCCCUGCGGCUCCUUCGACGUGAUCCGCAUCGUCCACCUCAACGGCCACAUCGAGGAGUACUCCCGCCCGGUCACCGCCGGCGAGGUCAUGGCCGCGCACCCCAGCCAUGUCGUAAGCCGGCCGUGCUCCCAGGGCGGCUCGCGCCGGAUCCUCAUCGUCGACCCCGACUCGGAGCUUGAGCGCGGGUGCUUCUACUUCCUGGUGCCGGCCUCGUCGGUGCCGGAAAAGAAGAGGAAGCCGUCGUCAGCGCAGCCGCAGCAGAAGAAGGCGCGGUCGUCGUCCAAGCCGACGAGCGCCGGCGCUAAGAAGGCGGCGAAAGACGGCGCCGCCGGAGACAGCUACCUUGCGGAGGUGCUGUCGGAGGGCAAGGCCAAGUGCAGGCGCAGCCGGAGCGCCCGCUCGGCGGUGUGGCGUCCGCAUCUUCAGAUCAUCCCGGAAGAAGCUCUCGAGUGAAAUCUGCAGGACUGCUUCUCUGCUUGUACAUAGGGACGGGUCCCUGGUUGUGCACGGUGUACCGUGCGCGCAAAGGACGGACGGUCGAACGGCGCCGAGUGGCCAUGUGUAACGUGGUGGGCGAUUAUGGCCGUUCGAUCGUCUGGUUUUGGGAGAGAGGCCGGCGGCGUGCCUCUCCCUUGUAGUUUUCCUCACUCUCUCGGUGGUUUUUCCGCUCUCUUCACUGUCAGGCAGUGGGAGUUGUUGGGUUUGGGUGCCUUUCAUGGCAGAGAGAACAUGAGAAACAGAAAACAAGUCUGCAUAAGUUUUUUUUUAAUGUAAUGGCAAGGCCUGUAUGCAUGAAAUUUGAUGUCUCAGGAAAAGUUUUAGCAGAUAGAUCGAAGUU